AUGAACUCUGCCGUGAGCAUUGAUUACGAAUAUACUAAUUUAUCAUUUACGCCCGUUACAACUGUUCCUCCAACAAAGAUACCAUUGAGUGACGGUCAAGAAAUUUUAUUUGAAGACUGGAUGCUUGAUUUAACUGUCGAAGAUUUUGUAAAUGCUGGUUUGAUUCCGAUAGAUAAAGCAAUAUCCCUCGUAAAGCAAUGGGAGGCUGAAGAGAGGAUGGCUGCAUCCGUAGAUUAUCACCCACAAAUUAUUGAAAUAUUAUCGAAUCCUCAUAUAUCUGCUCGAAAUCAUUGUGUAAAUUGUAAUACUACAAAAUCACCAGCUUGGAGAAGAGAUGAUCUUGGAAAACUUCUCUGCAAUGCUUGUGGAUUAUAUUUUAAGACCCAUGGUAAGAAUAGGCCAACCGAUCAGAUCAAAUGUGGUACUCUUAAGUAUAAGCGGCCAAAGAAACACCGCAUAUGCAAGAAUUGUGGGGUAAAUGAAUCCUCCUGCUGGAGGAAAAAUGGUACUUUGUGUAACAAAUGCGGUUUACAUGAAACACAAUAUGGACAUCCAAGACCAUCAUCCUUUGAUAAAUUAGUUAAAUCUUCAAAAGGAAAUUCUCGAAAUCGUUCUUGA